AUGUCAAAAAAGCAACAAGCGGCCGAAGCGAUCGUGCGUAUUCUCGUUGCCGCCGGCAAAGCCUCUCCUUCACCACCCGUCGGUCCAGCACUUGGUGCACGUGGUGUCAAAUCGAUGGACUUUUGCAAGCAAUUCAACGACAAAACGAAACACAUUGCGGUUGAGACACCCAUUCCCACUGUCAUUACUAUCAAACCCGAUCGUACCUUUACCUUUAUCACCAAGACACCACCUACCACCUUUCUCUUGAAGCGUGCUGCAGGCAUCAGCAAAGGUGCUUCCAAGCCUGGAACGGAAAUUGUUGGCAAAGUCAGUCUGAAGCAUGUUUAUGAGAUCGCCAAAAUCAAGCAAACCGAUGCCAGUCUCCAGCAUUUGUCUCUCGAAAGUAUCUGUGGAAGCAUCAUUGGUGUGGCAAGAAGUGUGGGAAUACAAGUGGUUGCGUAG